AUGGCGGCCGCUCAUGCCGCCUUCGUGUGUUUCACUUGCAAAGCCCGGAAGAAGAAGUGCGACAAGGUCUUGCCAUCCUGCGGUUACUGUAGUGGCAAACGGGUACAUUGUACCUACGCCUCCCAGCUAACACCAUCGACCGAGAUUGGGCCAAGGACCCCGAGCACAACCACAGACACAGAUAUCGGCACAGGCACAGGUACAAGCCCCGCCGCUCGCCAUGUGUCUGUCCUACGCUCUGCACCCUUGGCGGCCGACGUGCGUUUCACGUUGAACACGAUCCCAACCGAACCGUCGGCGGCCGCGGUGAGCCUCUAUCUCGAAGCCAACCGCCUCAUCCGUGCUACCGGCCAGUUCCCCGACGAAAUUUACACCCGGUACCGGCUCGGCAUCCAUACUCACCUACCCGUCAUUUGUUUAGAGACGUUCGACAACAAUCUCUUCACCCUAGCAACCGCUCCGACGCCCCACUUCUCCGUCCUGCUUGUUGCCAUAUGCUUGAUAACCUACCUCCCCGAAGCGGUCCCGCAACCCGCAGGGGCUGGCGCCCGAUCCACCAUUGACCGGACCACUCUUCACCUCGCUGCCCGGUCCCUUUUUGCCCAGGUCCGAGUAUCGUCCCCGCACUCGGUCCAUCUAAUCCAAGCGGGCCUGCUUCUAGCCGUCUACGAAUAUGCCCGGGGCCAUGCUGAUGACGCCUUUACCUCCCUUGGCGAAUGCACCCGGAUGGCCUAUGCCGCCCAUAUCUGGCGUAAUAUUUCCCCACCUCGGCCGCCAAAUGCCAAUCUCGAGGAUCUGCCAGGGCAUUCGGCCUCCUCGUACUUAGAUGCCGAAGAAGCAACCAAUACUUGGUGGGGACUCAUCAUCUGCGAGCGUGCAAACGCCCCGCUGCCCAGCGAGCCCGAGGCGUUAGCCCAAGCUGCCCAACAUGGCAUUCCAGAACUCGGUUUGAAACCGAAUAGCACUGUCUCUUCCCUAGCGUCGGACGAAGUCGGUGGGUUUGGUCGAGCCGCCCAAGCCGCUCUUCUGCUGGAUCAGGUCUUGAAGAGUUUUCAAACCCCGAACCUCGACGACCGGCUGGUCCAGCUCGAUGGACUAGAUACUGCUCUCCGGACCUUCUUAACGGUGGUACUGGAGCAGUCCCACGGCAAGCCGGGCCCCUUUUGCGGCGCAAUAUCACUGGCUAUCAGAGCCCUGUUUACGCUUCACUUACACAUCCUCGACCAACCUCGGCAGACAGUGAGCGCCAAGUUCAAAUCACUUGACCAAUGGCGCGGAGGCUCACGAGCGGCUCUUGAUACAAUCAUCAAGAUGGUUGUCGACAUCGCCGAUUCCCACGAUCAUGUUCCACCGGAACGAAUGGAUUCACUCCCACCCAGCUUUUGCUACGACGUCAUUUUAGCGCUGCGGCACAUUCAUACCAAACCACAAGUGGAUACCUGGCUGCGGGAGGCCGAGGAACGGCUCCAGACCUCGCUCGAUCGAUUUGAUCUCCGCUGGGGGGUCGGGGCCAGGCAGCCCUGA